AAGGGAGUAAAGGACUGCAUAGAAAUCAUAAUACAGGAUUGUGUCAGGUGUUGCACUGGAGGCUAGUGGUUGUUUCUUAGACGACUUUUAACACUAUAGAGUAGUGGGCCCAUAUUCUUGCCCUAUCAGACUGGGACCUUUUACGAUCUAGUUUUCGUUCCCCUAGCAUGUCAAAAAUACUGAAAUGUGCUGGAAACGAAGACAUAAUAACACUCAGAGCAGAAGACAAUGCAGACACACUGGCUCUAGUGUUUGAAGCACCAAAUCAGGAAAAAGUGUCUGACUAUGAGAUGAAGCUAAUGGAUCUGGAUGUGGAGCAACUUGGAAUUCCAGAGCAAGAAUACAGUUGUGUAGUGAAGAUGCCUUCUGCUGAGUUUGCACGCAUCUGCAGAGAUCUCAGCCACAUUGGAGAUGCAGUUGUCAUCUCUUGUGCCAAAGAUGGUGUGAAGUUUUCAGCUAAUGGAGAGCUAGGAAAUGGGAACAUCAAACUGUCACAGACCAGUAAUGUGGAUAAAGAGGAAGAAGCUGUUACAAUAGAGAUGAAUGAGCCUGUCCAAUUAACCUUUGCUUUGAGGUAUUUGAACUUUUUUACCAAAGCCACUCCACUGUCACCUACAGUCACACUCAGCAUGUCUGCAGAUGUUCCUCUUGUUGUGGAGUACAAGAUUGCUGACAUGGGACACUUAAAAUACUAUCUGGCUCCAAAGAUUGAAGAUCAACAAGAAGGUUCUUAAUUGGGCUGGGAGAUCUGCUCAGCUCUUUGGAGAAGACAACUGACUUUGUGAAGGAAAUUGUCCGCACAGUUCAGCAGUUUCAGUACAUUGGACCGUCAAAUGAGCACUGUUAGGCGUGUUUUGUAGAUACUUUUGUAAAUAUUUUUCAGCUUACUGUUUUGCUAUACUGGUGUCAUUCAAAAUAGGAAUUUUUGCUCUUCUAGAUUAUUCCUGUUCCUCCAAUAGUCUUUAUAUGCUGUCUUUACUUAAAGUCUUCUACUCCUUUUGAUUUGUGUUAGAGAAGGAGUGCAAUAUUUAACUUGAGUAAAUAUGAUGUUGCCUAGUUUUACCUGUGAACUGUAGUUCACUAGGGUUACUGUUUAAUGAUGCCAGGAGUUCAUUCAACCUUUCUUUAUAUGUUUAUUUUUGAAGCGGUAUUCUAACUGAAAUGUGGAAAAUGGAAAUAAACAUGAUUUGACCUUUUU